CUUUCAGGCAACGAGUUUUGCGAGCGCUUGGCAUACUAUGGGCUGGCAACAAACCUCGUCAUGUACAUCACAACGGUGAUGGGUGGAGACCCGGCAGACGCAGCAAUCCAGGUUAGCGUGUUUGAGGGCACGUGUUACUUGACCCCCCUUAUUGGCGCAUACUUGGCCGAUUCGAGAUGGGGUCGUUACAAGACGAUCCUCGUCUUUUCCUCCGUAUACUUGGUGGGCAUGGUGAUGUUGGCGCUGACCUCCUGGCUGCCGGGGCUGACCCCUCCGGAUGGCGACGAGGCCACCUGGCCGCAGCUGGGUGCGCUCAUCGCCUCGUUGUCCGUCAUCGCACUGGGGACGGGGGGCAUCAAACCGAACGUGUCCGCCUUCGGAGCGGACCAGUUCAAUGAAGCAGACCCGCAGGCAAACAAAGCUAAGGAGUCCUUCUUCAACUGGUUCUAUUUGGCUAUCAACGUGGGGUCGUUGAUCGCCUGCACGGUCAUUGUCUUCAUUCAGGACCAGGUGUCCUGGACGCUGGGCUUCUCAGUGCCGGCCGUUGCAAUGGCCACUGCGGUGCUGCUGUUCGUGGCUGGUCGCAACGUGUACCGCCACGUGCUGCCCACCGAGUCCCCCAUGGAGAGGGUGGUGAGGGUGGUUGCCGCCGCCGUACAUAACAGCAUCAGCGGCGCCCCACCCACCAACGGCCAUAACCACUAUAAGAACUCUAACCACCACCUUCACCACCAUGCCAUGCUAGGCGGCGGGCUGUCUGCCAGUCCGCUGCCUAGCUACCUUGAUUUGGCUGCUGCUGGGCGGGUGUCCGAUUCGGAAGGAGGGGCGGGAGGGCGGCGGCGAUUCCAGAGAAACAUGUCGGUGGAGGAGGUCAAGAUGGUGCUCAGGCUCAUGCCGGUGUUCUUCACCACCAUGCUGUACUGGACCAUCUACACGCAGAUGGGCAGCUUCUUUGUGCAGCAGGGUAACCUCAUGGCCCGUGAGGUGGUGCUUCCCUUCACUUCGACCCACUUUCACGUGCCCUCCGCCUCCAUGUCGCUGUUCAACACACUCUCCAUCAUCUUGCUCAUCCCGGUGUACGACAAGCUGCUGGAGCCCGCCAUAGCCCGCUGCCGCGGCAAGAUCACCCUGCUGCAACGCAUCGGUUGGGGCAUGGUGCUGGCCCUGGUGUCCAUGCUGGUGGCGGCCGCUGUGGAGUGGUACCGGCUGAGGAGCCUGGACAUGUGCAGGAAUGGCGCGGACCCCCCCCUCCACCUGGGCUCCCUGUCCAUCUUUUGGCAGGCGCCCCAGUACUUCAUCGUGGGCGCGUCGGAGGUGCUCGCGUCCAUAGGGCAGCUGGAGUUCUUUUACGACCAGGCGCCUGACGUGAUGCGGUCAUGCUCCAUGGCGCUGCAGCUGGCCUCCACUGCCAUCGGGUCGUAUUUGAGCGGAAUCAUUGUGUGGGCCGUACAGUUGGGCAGUCCCGCUAUUGCCGGUCGGCAGUGGCUCCCUCGAGAUCUCAACAACGGCCGCCUGGACCUCUUCUUCGUCUUCAUGGCCGCCCUAAUGGCUAUCAGUACGGCAUCCUUCGUCGUCGUCGCCAUGUCGUACACUUAUAAGCAAGUAGAGCACAAGCGCCACGUCGUCCAGCCACGUGUGUCCGGAAGCGGUCAGGUCGGGGCUCCUACGCUUGUGCCGGCAACGCAAGCCAUGGCUGCAGCGGCGGCGGCGGCGGCGGCGGCGGGUGGUGGCAUGGGGGUGCCCAGUGCAGCGGCACCUAUGGUGAUUCGUGGUCGUGCCGCGGCGGGAGCGGAAGUUCCGGAGCCAACACCGGAGGAGCUGGAUAUGUACGGCAGAUCGUUGGCGUACGUACCGCCGUCGCCGGCGCUGCCGGCGCCGUUCAGGUAA